AUGAACGCUCCCUACCCGCACCCCUGCGCUCCUCUCCCCACCAUCUUCUCUUCCUCUUCCCUUCUUCAUGUCACAAAUCCACCCCUCUCUUCCUGCCCUGUUCAAACCCUCUACAUCCCCGACCACCCUCUCUCAGGCACACCUCUUCCUUCUCCUUUCGACACCCGCCUAACCGUUCGCCUGCCACGCAAGCCUUGCUUCCCCCCCCCCCUUCCCCCAUCACCCCCACCCAACUACCCGAUCCACCCUCCCUCCUGCUAUUACUUCGCCCUCCCUCUCACUCACCCCCCCACCCCCCUUAACACCUGCACUCCCUCACCCAACCGCUCCACACCGAAUACCUCCCACUUCAGCCACCUCGUGUACCCCCCCUUCCCCGCCCCCCCUCAUCUCCCACCCACAUCCUCCUCUACUCCUCUCCUUAAUCCUUCCCCCCACCCUCCUCUCCCCCGGUUCUUCCACCCUUCUUUGUUCCGUCUUCUGCCCCCCCCCCCAUCUACUACACGCCUUACUACCACCUCUCAUCCCUCCAACUAA